UAUUUGCAUUUUUAAUGUUCGGUCUUCGUUGGCCUUGUCUUCUACAGAUCGUUCAUCUAGAGCUCUGUUCUAUUCUGUAGCAAGUCAUAGGUCGAUGAUGAUAUUGGUAUCUCAAGGAUUGAGAAUUUAUGUGGUGGAGAGCAAAGGAGGAGCAAUAUUAUGUAUAUUGCUUUCUCUGCUCUGUUUAGGCACUUGGCAUGCUCUUAUGGCUCUUCUUGAACGACGUGGUCGUCUCCCACAACAUACCUAUCUUGAUUAUUCCAUCACUAACUUCUUGGCUGCAGUCUUUAUAGCCUUUGUGUUUGGUGGGAUUGGUGAAAGUAUACAGGAGGCACCAAGUUUUCUUGCCCAGCUCACUCAGAUUCAGGAUAAUUGGCCAUCUGUGUUGUUUGCUAUGGCGGGUGGGGUGGGUUUGAGUAUUGGGAACCUUGCUACUCAGUAUGCUUUAGCUUUUGUUGGUCUGUCUGUUACAGAAGUGACAGCUGCGAGCAUCACUGUUGUUGUAGGCACCACUGUCAAUUACUUUUUGGAUAACAGAUUGAACCGAGCAGAUGUGCUGUUCUCUGGUGUCGGUUGCUUCUUGGUAGCUGUUUGUCUUGGUUCUGCUGUUCACUCUUCCAAUUCUGCUGAUAUAGAGGCGAAACUCGGAAAAGUCUCGAGGGAUUGUGAAACUGUGGAAGAGUGCCAGAGACUACUUGGAGUAGAAGAAGAAGAAGAAAAAGAGAUGGAGAAUGUAAAGGAAGGGACUGCAGCUUUUCUUGUAGCACUCGAAAACACAAGAGCAAUUAAAGUGUUUGGAAAGAGCAUGGUUGUUGGUCUGGGCAUAACCUUUUUUGCAGGUCUUUCUUUCUCAUUGUUCUCACCACUAUUCAACCUUGCAACAAAUGAUCAAUGGCACACUCUAAAACAAGACGUUCCCAAGCUGAUUGUCUACACUGCGUUCUUCUACUUCUCACUUUCUUGUUUUGUUAUCGCCAUCGCUCUAAACAUCACUUUCCUGUACAACCCUGUGCUCGGUUCACCAAGAUCUUCCUUUAGGGAAUACUUGAGUGACUGGAACGGAAGAGGUUUGGCUCUUAUGGCUGGAUUAAUUUGUGGGUUUGGUAACGGUCUUCAGUUCAUGGGUGGACAAGCUGCAGGAUAUGCAGCCUCAGAUGCUGUUCAGGCACUUCCGUUGGUAUCUACAUUUUGGGGGAUAUAACUGUUUGGGGAUUAUAGGAAGAUCAUCCCCGCGGACAUACGCUCUACUUGUUGGAAUGGAAGUAAAACCGAACCGGAUUAUCAACGUACCGGUCCGAUUGACCUAAUUAUAUUUGGUAUAGCUUUAUAGAGAUGUGUAUAAGUAGUAACCCUAUUCCUCUCAAGCUUCUGCGCGGCGUUCUCUUAAACUCAACUAAUUAAGGCAAGAAAAGAAAAACCAGCUUUAUCUAAGGUUAAUUUGUUUUGUCUGAAUUUGUACUUGCCAAGUUUUGGAGUCAAAAUCUUUACUGAUUUGGAUAUUGGUGUUUACGAAACGCGUGAUCAUGGCGACUCCGGCUGAUUCUGAGGCUGUCAAGUCUCUCAACAACUCCAAGGGAAAGAAGAAGUUUGUGUUCAAGAAUUUCUCUCAAAGAAUCAGUGACAUUGACAUCCAACUCUAUAGGAGCCUGGAUAAGAUGAAGGCUGACCUUCACUCGAGGAACAAGAGAAGCGCGAGUGAUUAAAGAACUAUUAGCUCUCGAGGCCUCCAAGGACGACCAUGAUGAUGCGUUCAUGUUUAUUAUGGGAACAAGACCUCAGUAGAACAAGCUUUAAAGUUUU